AAAAAGUAUGGCAAGUUCCAGUCAACAACAACAACAAGAAGAAGAAGAAGACUCAAAGUUGGAUCAUAUUUUGUCGCAAACACUAGAAGAGUUUUCAAUUAGUGACAAUGGAGUAAAUGAAAGUGUUCCCAAUAGCUCGGACCAAGAUAGGAAGGAUUAUACUUCUUCUUUAGAACAAGUCUUAAAUAUGUUGUCCCAAGAGGAACAGACAAAAGGGUCCGAAGACUAUGAUCAAUUGUUACAAAGUCUUGUUUCACAACUUUCCACUUUGGAAGGUGAAAAAGGAGGAGAAGAAGCAACAACUGAUGGUAGACAAGAGGAAACUCAAAGUGGUUCAAGGGAUUUUGUGGGUCAAGAACAGCGCAACACCGAAGACGACUUGGAGAAUAUUAUGCAAGUCAUAGUCAAACAAUUAUUAUCCAGAGAAAUACUACAGGAACCUAUGGAACAACUUUAUCUGCGGUAUUGUUCGUGGUUGGAUGAGAAUGGGAGUUCCUCAGAAGACUAUGAAAGAUACGUACAACAGAAGCAAUUGGUGUAUCAAAUAUGUGAAGAAUAUCGUGGAGAAGGAGACACUGAUACAGUCCUACAGUUGCUACAAGAAAUGCAAAGUUUGGGUGCUCCUCCUCCCAAUGUUAUUUCACAAGUAGAAGAAGACAAUGAAUCAGUAGAUUCGCAGUUGAGAGAUUUACAGAAUAUUCAAUGUCGUAAUCAAUAAGAGUGUCGUCUUAUGGAUAUAUAUAUAUAUAUAUAUAGAUAGAUAGAUAGAUA